AUGGCGGAGCCCGACGCGUCGGCAAUUGACAUUGCGAGCACGGCUGGAACUUGGGUUGCGGCUAUCCUGGCUAUCAUUGCACUUGUCGGCAUCAUCGGCCCAUGGCUGGCACUUCAAGCCGCGCACAGCGACAAGAGCCGCGCUCUGAAUGCCGUACGCGAUCAGCCGCAACGCUAUGUCACUAAGGGUUUCAGUAUUGGUGCGCACACCACCCUCUUCCGCCGCGUCCGCGUCCCGGACCUUGCUCCAACUUAUGGCACGAAUAAGGCGACUGUGGCCAACUUUGCCAAGGGUGUUGAUUUCAAGGACCGAUUGUUCUUCGAGUUUCCCGAUUACAAACAGUGGAACACAGGAUGGGCGAUGCUGGCGGCCGCUGCGGAGGCGUACAACUUUCACCGUCCCCCUCCCCGUGAUGGAGACGAGCCGGUACUGAUGCCUCUAGUCCGCGCUCAAGGGGGCACUGUGGAAGUGAUCAAUUCGCUGUCCGCCGUUGUGUCUCUCAGUCCCGAGGGCAUCUUCUCCCGCCAGCCGGAUGGCGCACCGCAUUUGGUCGGAGGGAAUACUGAAAACUAUGGCGACUCGGACGACGAUACAGCUUCGGAUAUCAGUGUACCCGAGUCGUACAAGACAGACGCUAGCCGGCGCCUCGCCGUUCAACAAACCGCUGCCGGUGUUCCCGUUCGCUAUCGGCUGUUUCAGGGGCACCAUGGUAUUUGGGAGCUGUCAAGUUCUCGUCUCCCCGAGAUUACUGGGUUCACCGGGCGUUUCCGCUCUCUCGGGCAUCAGAGAGGCAAGUGGACGUACCAGACAGCUCUUGCUUACUACGGUCGACAUGCCAAGGAGAUAGCGGAGCUACUGGGGGAAGACUACGCGGUGCCCAAUGGCGGCAAGCUUCUUCUGGACGACAUAUCACACGUCGCGUGGGCGUGGUUAUCUCUCCAGUGGCAUGAAUGGGGAUACCUGAUCUGGAAGUUGGAGUGCAAGUAUUGGACCAAGAUUAUGCAAUCGUCGGCAUCGCUGCUCCUGGACGACGUCUAUUCUGUGCAGGUCUCCGCCUUUCUCGAUAAACUGGUCCCUGAUGACGACCAGCAGAGUAGUCUACAGGCCAUAUUUGACUGGGACCCCGAGUCAGGAUACCACCCGAUCAAAUGGCUCCUCAACCUCAAUCGUCGCCUCACUCUCAGGGAGAGCCGGUCCGUGAGGCGGAGCUGGUUCCUGCGCCGCCGCAGCCAGCACAGGACCUGA